AUGGCUGUGCCUUUCACUGAUGAACAAGUACCACAUGAAGACAUUGAAGUCUCAGUCGCCAGUGACUUCACUAUCCACAUUAACGAAUUCGACCCCGCAACCAGGCAAGACGAACGCUUCGGUAACGACGCUGGCCAGGCGGGGGCCAACAGGCUCGUGCGAACGGCGUCCGUCAAAGUUCAAAAGGGCAUUCUCGUAGAACGCAGUCAGUAUUUUAGAGCCAUGUUUGAUGGCCGCUGGGGUCCCAAAAAGGACAGUGUCAUCCUGAAUGAAGACACUGUUCGAAGUAUGGAGCUCUGGCUUCGUGAGUUUCACUCCACAACCGACGCUUUGCCCAAGCAGACUAUCUCGGUCGAAGAAGUUUGGCACACUAUCAUGGCUGGGGACAAGUACGGCUCCGAUCUUCGAGAAUUAAAGAGUUGGUUCGUCGCUUGGUAUACGGAGAUGAGGAAUGAGAGUGGGAAGAAGUUCUUCGAGGAAUUUGGGCCCAAUUGCUCUUUCCCUGCUAUGCCUUCAAUCACGCUUCGUCGUGCUGAUGAAAGUAUCCUCGCAGAACAGCUGAAUGCCGCGAAAGGUCGCCUUCGCACGAUUCUACACCAAGCAUUGUUCAACCGUGUCAAUCAGAUUGUCGAUGUCGCAACAUGCGCCUGCAAAGAGCGAACCGUGUUUGAUUACCUCAAGGAACUUCAACGCAUCGAGGUCUCGCCGCUGGACAUGAGCAGCACCAAAGCAAGUGUUGCUGACAUGCUUGACCGAUUGGGACAAUAUGACGGGGCAAAAACUCGCGCUCAUGCUGUCUCUUCAAAUGAUACUUCGGGUAUUCAAUCACGUCAAAGUCCGUGUUUUGAGUGCAGGCUUGACGGGAAGGUCAUCGUCCAACGUGCGAUCUCGCGGGUUGCUAGUUAUUUUGAUGGUCUAUGCCUGGACUGCAUGGAUCGUACCAAGGGUCUUAGGGUCGAGGGAAAUAAAGACGAUGACUAUUGGUCUCAUAACGCAUGGAAGGAUUCCUAUGACAGGGACUGCCGCAUAUCACACAACGAGCCCACCUGGUAUUUCAGUUUCAUGGGACGUAAGGAGAAGCGCGGCCUCAUUGCCGAGUAG